AUGACCGCGCAAGCCUUUCCUAGCGCCCUCGAUCCCCUCAGUUCAUCCACGCUAAACAAACUACACGAGGCGGCACCGCCGUCAAAGAAGCGCAAAUUCGACCCUGGCACCGCUGCUGGACAGCUUUCUAUGACAUCGAUUGUCAUCAGAGCCCACGCUGCUUCAUUAUCAGACGAACCACUCGUCCUCGACCCCAUCGCCGCGCUUCCCCGCUCUCGAUUCCCACUCUCAUGGCUUGAGGAUGCGCCAUGGUCGCGCUCGGACGCCCAAGCGAGUGGCUUAUUCGCUGCAGAUAUACCCGCCUUGGAAAAUGACUUGCGCGCUUGUGCAGAGCCGACGGUGCUGGCGGUACGGCUUGCUGUCAAUGGUAGGCUGUAUGUGAUUGAGCGAGUCAAGCGGGGUAUCUACUCACUGUCAAGGCUUGCGAGAUGGGUGCAUGAGGGUGAUGUGGUCGUUGCCACCAAGGGAUGGCACGCACCUCAAGAUGCUGCGAUGGAUAUCGGGGCCGACGAGAAGACUUGUACUGUUCCAGAUGCUCUGAACUGGUGGCAGGCUGCGCAUAUUGAAGAGCCGUCUUCUGAUCUGGGGUUGGGCGAGGACUUUGCAGGCUUGCAGGUGGCCGUCGUAUUUGGGCAGUCGGAGGCGGAUGGGGGCCAGGAUGAGCCUACGUUUAUGGAUGUCCUUGAGCAUCGUGGUCAGACACUUGCACCGGCUGCAAGAGCUCCGGAGGCUGCCUUCGGACUACCCGACUCGCAGGCUGUUGGUGGAGAUGCCAUGGAUGUUGAUGGCGUCGAAUCCAACGCGGUGAAUACGAAGCAGUCGCCUGAAGAGUUACUCAAUGGGAUGAAAGAUCACUAUCUGCAAGCUCUCUACGCAUCAAAGACAUCCCUGGCCUACUUUGCCAAAGGUCCAUUGACACGCUGCCGUACAGCUCUUCAAAAUGCUGGCCCUGAACAGUCCCAAAGUCUACCGGAGCUCAUUGAAUUCUACAGAGAAGCCAUCUUGGCUGCAAAGAAGAUGGACCUUAAAUACCGAGAAACUCUCCCAACAUCUGUCCGCGAUGCACUAUUGACUCCUUCUGACGGGGAGGAAGGUACCAAGAAACGCAAGAGCAAAAAGAAGAAGCUUGGAAAGAAUGGUCUAUAUCCCGAGGAAGAUGGUUUCAUUCGCAAGUGGUGGAAGGAUCGGAGCAUGGAGUCAUCUGCACCGGAGACCUCUCGUGAAACGGAGACCAAAAAGCACAUCUCAGAUCUUCGAUUGCGUGAGACUCAACUGCAAAUUCUUUUGAUCCUGGAAGUCAUCGCUUUGGAAUCGACUUCGACCGAGGGAAAAAACAAACCCAACGAGAAAAUCCUCGAUGAAGAGAAGAAUUCGCCCAAAAAGCCCAGAACCAAAAAACCUCAAGAUCUAAACGUACUUCUUGAACUCCAUCUAGACAGAUUGUGCAUCUGGCAUGCCGUCAGUCUAGAGGAGUCUUCUGCGGCCGACUCGGCAAAGGCUUCAUCUUUCAACGACAGUCACAUGUCCGGAAAGAAGGUUGAGAGCGAUGCGGUGCGCGACUUUUGCACUGAAGUGGUUGUCCCAUUCUAUGCGGCACGGCUUCCUGACAAAUGCAAGCUCAUCACCCGCAAAUUCGGCGUUUCUGGUGGUAUUUCACCGGCUGGCAAGAGGACCCAAUCUUCAAGCAAAAAGGACCGCCCGGAGCCUGGAUCAGAAGUCAAGCGACAAGCACCAGCACAAAAGCCCAGACGCUCGCUGCAGCGAGUGCUGACAGAUGAGAGGACUGCUGCUGCGUCUCAAAAUCGGCAUCCGUCACUCCAUCGGUCCAACACGGCACCAUCAAAGCGUGAUAUCAAACGAGAUUCCAUGGAGCCUUUGCUGCCCACUGUCUUUGGUGGUAGUGUCAGAGGAGGUAUCCAGCAGGCAAAACGAGUCGAUAACCGCGAGGUUGACCUUAAUGCGGUUGCCAGGCAGCACGAAACCAAGUUGCGCAAAGUGCAGAUGUUGGUCGACCAGAAGAAAGAGCUUGAUGCUGCUAUUCAAGCUCUCCGGAAGCCAAAUAGGGAGCUGGUUUCCAAUGAGAUCGCCGAUGAAUCAGUCAAGCGGUCCACCGGCGGAGGCAGCUCGCGAAAGUCAAAGAAUCCUGUCCGUAACCCGAUGGGUGAGGGCGUGCAGGUUAUGGCUACACCCCGCGGCAAUCGCAGAAAAGACAUUGUCGGGAUGCCACCGCUCCCUCGCAGUCUCGCUCCUUCACGCUCAUUUGCUGGGGAGAUGGAAUACCGUUCCCUUGCCGAAUCACCCGUCAUGAUCCCUUCCUCAUCUUCGAUUCGGCGAACGAUUUCCUUCUCUGGCCCGGAUUCCAACCCGUUCAGCCCUCUCCAAAGAAGCGAAAAGAGCCACCGACAGAGCUUGGAUCGAUCCAAGAAACGCCCUCUCGGCCUUCCAAGCUUUUUUUUCGAUGAACAACGAAGUACCGAUGUAUCGAGUGACCGCCGGCCUUCAUCGAGCAAAGGAAGAGGCCUCUUCCGAGUCCCCAACCUCCCUGCACCUCGCUCUACUACCGAUCCCACCACUGAACCAAUGGCACCGUCCACCCCAGUAUCAUCACGCCAGAAGAUCAUUCCACCUUCCACUAAUGGCUGUUCGCAAGAUCUCAGCAAAUCUCUCCAAGGCGCCAGCGCAUCAAUAAUGGAAACGCCCCCAAGACAGCGUGGCGUCGAUUCCAUUCCCGCCCCAUUUUCUGUAGCAUGGGACAUGAAUGUGCAGGUCCAAGAUACCAACCAGUCCGGGGCGCGCUCUCCGGUGGCUGUUAUGGGAACUCCGGUCACGGAGAGUCCCGUGAAGAGAAGUCCAGUGAAGGGACUUGCCCCUGUUAUCCCCGUGACGCCAGAGAAGUCGCAGUCCAAGUCGAUCUAUGAACAGCUCGGCUGGGAUGAUGACGAGAUGGAAUUUUAG